AUGUUGGCAGAAAAAAGCUACACCUCAAAAAAGAAGUACAAAGCAUGCAUGCUCUGUUCGGCGUUGAUACCCAUUCAAGAGCUGAAGAAAGAGGGCUGCAAGAACUGUAAGAACGCAAAUAGCACCUCUUACAGUUACAAAGGGUUGAUUGGUGUCCUAAAGAAGGGUGGAUGGGUCGAGAAAUGGCAGCGUAUUGAUGAAUAUGGCGAAGGAUUGUACGCGAUGACAGUUGAGGGAGAUCCGGAUGAAGAGGAUGUGUGUGCGAUUGAGGAUGAGGGAAGGGCGUAUUUUGACAGGAACGAAUCGUUCAACAUUUAAAUGGUAUGUUACCAGGUUGCUUGGCUGUUCAUAUGAGGAGUUAUACGCAAAAAAUAAAUUUGUUGUAUUGAGCAGUUGGUCAAUACGUGUUUGGCUCAAUACGUCGAUUAAACAUGCGAAAUAUUUCCGUUUUACUAAACUUGUUGUUCC